UGUACAGGAGGAGGGGAGCUGUGCAGCUGGUGUAAGUGGGGAAGGAAAGAUGCUGAAGGGAGACUCUGGAGGAAGGACGAAGCUGAGGUCUAUGGAUACAGUCUUGGGGGUGUAUGUUCUUCUCAUGAUGGGUGCAGCUUGUUCUGCGGCCCCAUCUUAUGCAGAAGACGCAAAAUCCAUGCAGUGCGAGGCAGCACCAGACAGUAGAUUUGACUGCGCCCCAGAGAAGGGGGUGAGCAAGGAGCAAUGUGAGGCCCGUGGCUGCUGCUACUCUCCAACAGCAAAUGGUCUUGAGAUUGGGCAGCCCUGGUGUUUUUACCCACCUACCUACCCCAGUUACAAGUUGGUCAACCUAACAAAUACUGAGAACGGGUACCGUGCCACCCUCACCCGCUCAGUGGGGACCUUCAUGCCUCAUGACAUCAUGACCUUGCAGUUGGACGUGUUAUUGGAGACUUCAACCCGCCUGCACUUUACCAUCAAGGACCCAGCUAACAAACGCUAUGAGGUUCCCAUUCCCACCCCGAAGGUCACCGGCAAAGCACCCUCCACAGAGUAUGACAUUCAGUUCAACGCUGACCCCUUUGGUCUGGUCGUCAAAAGGAAAUGCACCGGCCAAGUUCUGCUCAACACCACUGUAGCCCCUCUGCUUUUCGCAGAUCAGUUCCUGCAGAUCUCCACGUCCCUUCCCUCUCGGUAUCUCUACGGACUCGGUGAACACCUCACUUCUCUCAACCUCGACCUCCGAUGGACGCGACUCACAUUUUGGAACAGAGACCUAAUUCCAACAAAAGAUUCCAACCUUUAUGGGACUCAUCCUUUCUAUAUGUCCUUGGAGAAAGAUGGCUCAGCACAUGGUGUCUUCCUGCUCAACAGCAAUGCCAUGGAUGUCCUUCUGCAGGCGGCUCCUGCUGUGACUUGGAGAACCACAGGCGGGAUUUUAGAUUUUUAUGUGUUCCUGGGGCCUGAGCCGAAAGCGGUUAUCAGACAGUAUCAGGACGUCGUUGGGUUCCCUUUCAUGCCUCCGUUCUGGGGUCUUGGGUUCCACCUCUGCCGCUGGGGUUACUCCUCCUCAAAAAUCACUCGGGAAGUGGUAAAAAACAUGACCGACGCAAAGAUUCCUCUGGAAGUUCAGUGGAACGACAUUGAUUACAUGGAUGCUUCGCGAGAUUUCACAUACGACCCAAAAAACUUCGGGGAUUUUCCACAAAUGGUGAACGAGUUCCACCAACAAGGAAUGAAAUAUGUCAUGAUUGUGGAUCCAGCAAUCAGCAGCACCAGCCCACCCGGCACUUACCCUCCAUACGACGAUGGACUCAAAAGGGGGGUGUUCAUCACGAACGAGACAGGACAGCCCCUGGUAGGGAAGGUCUGGCCUGGCCUCACUGUGUUCCCCGACUUCACAAACCCCGAGACCUUUGAGUGGUGGUAUGACAUGGUAAAGCGUUUCCAUGACCAGGUGCCAUUUGAUGGAAUGUGGAUAGAUAUGAACGAACCAUCAAACUUUGUCCAUGGUUCCAUUGACGACUGUCCCAAAAACGACCUGGAGAAUCCUCCUUAUGUUCCAGGGGUCGUUGGAGGGACCCUAAAUGCAGCAACCAUUUGUGCCUCUAGCAAACAGCACGUAUCUUCUCACUACAACCUCCACAACCUGUAUGGACUCUCCGAGGCAAUGGCGUCCCACUACGCCUUGGUAAAGGUCCGGAAGAGACGUCCUUUCAUCAUCUCGCGCUCUACAUUUGCCAGCCACGGCCGCUACGCGGGGCAUUGGACUGGAGAUGUGGAGAGUACGUGGGACCAGCUGUAUCACUCGGUACCUGCCAUACUCCUCUUUAACAUGUACGGAGUGCCCUUAGUGGGAGCCGACAUCUGUGGAUUUGUGGGGAAUACCACCGAGGAACUCUGCGUGCGUUGGAGUCAACUGGGAGCCUUUUACCCGUUUAUGAGAAACCAUAACACCCGCGAUGCAAAGUCGCAGGAACCGUACGUUUUCAGCGAACAAGCGCAGAACGCCAUAAGGAAAGCCCUGUAUGUGAGAUACACCUUGCUUCCGUAUCUCUAUACGCUCUUCCACAAGGCUCACGCCAACGGCGAGACUGUAGCCCGAGCGCUUUUCAUAGAGUUCCCUUCUGACCCAAAUACGUGGACAAUCGAUCGCCAGUUCCUGUGGGGUGAGGCUCUGCUCAUUACCCCUGUUCUGGAGCAGGGAAAGACCGAAGUGAAUGGGUAUUUUCCGGCAGGGACCUGGUAUGCUCCGGGGUCGGGGAAAGGGAUUCAGAGUAAGGGUCAGUGGAUCGUCCUUCCGGCUCCUCUUGGCGACAUAAAUAUCCACGUUCGAGGGGGCCACAUUUUACCUGUGCAGACGCCUCUUAUGACCACGGAGGAGACGCGCAGAAGUGACCUGACCCUGGUGGUGGCUUUGACGGUCGAGGGAUUUGCCCGUGGAGAACUCUUCUGGGAUGACGGCGACAGUUUAGGAACAUUUGAGAGGGGAGACUACACCCAGAUUAUCUUCUUGGCCACGAAUAACGUCGUCCUGAGCGAGGUGAUACGGCUGAACAGCCAGGCAGACGCCCUGAAGCUGGGGACAGUGGCGGUCUACGGAGUACCCGCUCCACCACGCAAAGUGGUGGUGAAUGGAGUGGCCAGUGAAAACUUUGAAUACAACAUGGAGACCAAGGUGCUGUCCAUAAACAACUUGUCUUUGCCGAUCGGAAAUCCUUUUGAGAUCUCCUGGUCUUGAGAAGGUGGAUAAUCUUCUGUAUGCGAUAGAAAAACUAGGGCAAUGGGGGAUGUUUGCUUAGAAAGACUCAGUAAUGCAGUCAUUUCAUGUUAAAUGCUUUUUGAGGAAGAAUGCGGUACAAUCAUAAGGUGGGUCCGUCGGUAAAAUAACUUUUUUUUCACUAAUCAUAAGCGCAUAAAGCUCAGCCUAAAUCAGGGGUGUCCAACCUGUGGCCCUCCAGCUGCUGCAGGACUAAAUCUCCCAUAAUGCUCUUUCAGCUAAGGACCUGGCAGAGGAGGAUGGGAGAUGUAGUCCUGCAGCAGCUGGAGGGCCUCAGGUUGGACACCCCUGGCCUAUAUGUGUGAUACACAUAAGAUAAUGCAAUCAUUCGAUCCGGGAGAGAGGCCGCUGUGUAUCCCGGGAUAUCGAAUAUUUCUCGCAUGCGUUGCAUAACCGGCAAAUGCUACGCCCUUGGGUCAAAAAAAACAGAAGAAAAUGAAACUUUAAAUUCAACGGAAUCUAGAAGUAACGAAAUCGGAUACACCGUACGUGAUCAGCGUGAGGUCAUUUUCAGGAUUUUUUUUUUUACUCUAAAUGUGAUGAUCUUUUGGGCUUUUGAAUGGAGUAAUAUAAUACCCUCUCUGCUUCGCCAUCUUCCGUUUAGCACUGUGUCUCGGGGGGCCACAGGCAUAGAGGGAGGUCUGUAGGUCACUUAGUUUCACCGUUUAGUUAACAAGGCAUUUGUGCAACAGUUUUAUUGGGAGUGGGGAGGGUGAAGACGUAUAACCCCGUCCGUGUAUUUGGGGAGGAAGGCGGAUGCCGGAGGAUGUUCCAGGCACCGGUCGGAGCUGAGCAGGUCCUACUUAUUCUGCGUACAACGUUUUUAGUGGAAUUGAGAUAAUGAAAGAGUUAUGUCUAUAAAAUAUAUAUCGCGGAAUUACCAGAAAAUGUAGAAAUCAAAUAGAAUUUUUUUUUUUUUAACAGAGGCUUAAUAUAUCUCUGUGUCUUUGUCAAGAGCAAAAAAACACAAGGGAAUUCCACUCACUCAACAAAAAUAUUUGUAUUUAAAUGCCCAGAAGGUAUAAAUGUCUCCCACGAUUUUUCUUCGAAGUAGAACGACAAAAAAACAGAAACCACUCUGUGUUUAGCGAUUGGCUAACGCGUCCUCAAACAGCUCUGGAGAAACCUGCGGAUUUUACAGUUUUCACUUUUUACAAAAAAUCCCAAAAAUGUGUGGGUUUUUUUUGUUUUUCUUUUUUCACGGAAGUAAAUUUAAAGCAAUCAACAAACUUUGCGGACUCCUUGUCCUGCUCAUUCGUGAUCGUCGGGGAUGACCGUAUAUAGAUGUCGAUUGAAUAUUAUUAAGCGAAUAUACUUGGAAAAAAAAUAAUUUAAAUCCUGUCGGAUGUUGCUGUAUUAGUAUUUUUUUGGGUCUGGAAAACCGCAGAAAAAUCAAAAAUACCUAUUUUGCUGUUAAUGAAUCGUCUUGGUGGAACGGCACCCUAAAAAUAUAGAUUAAUUUCGUAUGUUCUGUAAACGGAUUCUGUGCAAUUAAUUGAAUUUCACUUUUUUUGUAAUAAAAUGAAUUGCACUUCA